AUGCGCUCGGAGGAGGCCAACAAAGCUGCCAACCCCGCUGUUGCAGGAGGAGGAGGAGGCGGAGGCGGCGGAGCAACAUCAGAGGCCGAGUUGGGGGCCAGGACGCCGCCGCCGCCGCUGCUGCUGAGCGGGCUCCCCCGUCGCCAGAAAGGGCGAGCCGAUCCGGAAGCAGCCAUGGAAGCCCCCAGCCUGGACCUGCUGGAGUCGCCCGGGGACUGCCCUUCGCCCCUGGAGCUCAAGUCGGCGCCCAGUAAGAAGAUGUGGGUCAAGCUGCGGGCGCUGUUGCGCUACAUGGUGAAACAACUGGAGACAGGAGAAGUGAAUAUCGAUGAGUUGAAGAAGAAUUUGGAAUAUACUGCUUCGUUGUUGGAAGCAGUAUACAUUGAUGAAACCAGGCAGAUUCUGGACACGGAAGAUGAGCUGCAGGAGAUCAAGUCAGACGCGGUCCCCUCGGAGGUGCGGGACUGGUUGGCCUCUACUUUCACCCAGCAGACCCGUGCCAAGGGACGCCGCUCUGAGGAGAAGCCCAAGUUCCGCAGCAUCGUCCAUGCCGUCCAAGCUGGCAUCUUUGUGGAAAGGAUGUUCCGUCGGACGUAUACGGCUGUGGGACCCAAUUAUUCUCAGUCAGUCAUCAACUGCCUGAAGACUCUUGACCUCUGGUUUUUUGAUGUCUUUUCGCUGAAUAAAGUGAGUGAGGAUCAUGCCUUGCGCACAAUUGUCUUUGAACUGCUCACCCGCCACAAUCUCAACAGCCGUUUUAAGAUCCCCACAGCAUAUCUUAUGACCUUCCUGGAUGCACUGGAGGCUGGCUAUGGGAAAUACAAGAACCCUUACCACAACCAGAUACACGCUGCUGAUGUUACUCAGACUGUACACUGCUUCCUGCUCCGCACUGGCAUGGUGCACUGCCUGACAGAGAUUGAGAUCUUGGCCAUGGUCUUUGCAGCUGCAAUUCAUGACUACGAGCACACGGGUACCACCAACAGUUUCCACAUCCAGACCAAGUCUGAUACGGCCAUUUUGUACAAUGACCGUUCAGUGCUAGAGAACCACCAUAUCAGUGCCGUCUUCCGCAUGAUGCAAGAUGAUGAGAUGAACGUCCUUGUCAACCUGAGCAAGGAUGAAUUCAUGGAGCUCCGGUCGCUUGUGAUUGAAAUGGUUCUGGCCACCGACAUGUCCUGUCAUUUCCAACAAGUCAAGUCUAUGAAAACCUCUCUACAACAGCUGGAGAGGAUUGACAAGUCAAAAGCUCUCUCCCUGUUGCUGCAUGCAGCGGACAUCAGCCACCCCACUAAACAAUGGACAGUGCACUCCCGAUGGACCAAAGCCCUCAUGGAAGAAUUUUUCCGGCAGGGUGACAAGGAGGCUGAGCUGGGGUUGCCCUUCUCCCCACUGUGUGAUCGCACCUCCACGUUGGUGGCCCAGUCACAGAUCGGCUUCAUUGAUUUCAUUGUGGAGCCUACUUUUCAAGUGCUGACAGACGUGGCUGAGAAGAUGGUCAUCCCCUUGGUGGAAGAAGGCUCCAAGAACAAAACUUCCACCCAGCAGAGCAGCCACAGUUCCCACUGGCGUCAACCAUCGGUAGAUGACCAUUCUGAGAUGGGAGACAUCAACGCAGACAUCAACAGCUUCCGUUCCACCUGGUCAAAGUAUAUCCAAGAGAACAAGCAAAAGUGGAAGGAGAGGGCUGCCAGUGGGAUUACAAACCAGACCUCCAUUGAUGAGCUCUCACCAUGUGAGGAGGAGCCAAGGACGCCUGAAAACCAGCACAAUCAGAAUGGCAAUGUGGAAUAGCGCAGCCUGUGUGAGAGAGCAAGGUGACCGUCGCAAAUUUACUCCGAAGUCUUCGAUACCAUCGAUUCAGCACCAUCCGCACAGGGAGAGGGAGCCACACCCGGGCGCCCUGGCUCGAGGAGGGUGUGACGUGAAUGCGACCAUCAAUACUACUAGUAAUAAUAAUAAUACUAUUAAUAAUAAUAAAUGCAAACGAUGUCGACAUCACACACAGCACCCACUGCCUGUCCCAUCCCUGAGCUGCAGAGAAUGAGAGAGACCCCCUCCCCCAUGUGUAUAUUCCCCACCUAAGUCACUAAGCACCCAUGGACCAAUGGUCUCUGUGGCCUCUGGGGAUUGCCGUACAUUUACAUACAAGCAGUCACACACAAAUGCACACCUUUUUUCCCAGAAGCAUCAAACAGCUCGGGUAAGGCUUCUCACUGCCAAACAGCAAAGUGACUGCCGAGGUGAUUGCUGAACUGUUUUUUUUUUUUUUUUUGUAGAAACAAAAGGGGCUAUGCCUGCAUUUUGCAUGGGGAAGGAGCUUAUAGAUUUCAUAACUGUGUCUAAGUUGGAAAGCAGUGGCUGGCAGGGAGAAUCUUGUCCUCAUGUAUCAACACGGCUCUCAGAUGUCCUUAGGUGAUCUUAAACCAACUCAACCCAAGAUCCACACCCUCCCUCCCCCCCCCCCCCCCCAAAAAAAAAAACACACUUCCUGUAAAAUUUGCUUACUGGACAAGUUUUCCAAAGCCUCUCAUAAGUUCAGCCUUUUGAGUGACAAUGCUCUAUCUUAAGAUCAGGUGGUCUUCUCUCCAUUGCUUCAGCAUUAAACCAAAUUGGAUCAGAAUUACGUAUGCCCACUUUCAAGAAUCCCAAGCAGUAUAGUAACCUAUGGUAUUUUUUUAAAGUACCGCACCUCCUUUGCUGAUUGCCUGGUAAUCAUGGCUCCAUUUCACAGAUCUAUUGUUAUGGGUCAGGAGUUGGAGCUCUGUUGAAUUUCCUCCUCCUCUCCAUAGGCUCUUCCAUCACAUUUCACAGAUGAGAAAUACAGAUGCCAGAUAGACCUUGGCACAAGAUGAUCAUUCUACAGGUGUUGACUUCUGGGAAAAAGCUUUCUUUAUUAUCUUAUGUUUAUUUAUACUCCACAUUUUUCUCUCCACAAGGAGAGAAAUUCUAAUUUGUAUAUACGGUACCUAUCUCAGUACAGAGCCAUAUCAUGCUGUGUGUGGGCUUGGAUAAUCUGUAGGAAGCAUUUAUCAGUGGCUGACAUGUGCCCAUGUACAUCUUCUUAUGUGUGAAGGGGGUGGAGGUAGGAAGGGACAGCUUACUUCUGGGAAGGUCCUCCAAGCAGAAGUGAGAGCAAAGGGUUUUAUGGGUCACAGAACCAUUUUAUUUUUCAAAAUUAGGGCUCACCUAAGUAAUAAUGGAAAUAACAAAGUGCAGAUUAUUCUUUGCUUGGGCUAUAGAUCAUGUACAUCUAUUCAGGACAGAGGAUGGACUGUAAGUCCAGCAUUUCUUUCCCUUAAACCCCAGUAUUUCUCUUUGAACAUAGUUAAGGCCUUGGCUUAAUAGACUAGGGUUUGUGGUCACUGCUAGGCUGUAGUUUGUGAAAAGACAGCAUCAGAAAUGAUCCUGGAAUUUCUCUUAAGAGUUCUUGUAUGACUUUGAAGAAUAUUAGGUUUUAGAGAGUCAAAUUGGCUAGUUCUCAGCGAGUGGAGGUAAUUCUCCAUUGAUAUUGCUGUUCCAGAUGGCUGUUCCCUUUUGAGGCCAUCUAUGUUUACUUAUGCAACCCAACUAAGACAGGGCCCCAAGGAGGAGUGGUAGCUGCUGAAGAGCCGAAUAAGAAAAGUGACAAAUAUGAAAGGCAGAUUGGGCAAAGGGGACAUGAUGCAUUAGCCUUUGGCCUACUAUUUGUGGAUCCAUCCAAAUUUCUAUUCUCAACACAGCAAUGUGAUAUGGCUCUUCUUAUGACAAGGAUUGACUCUGAGAAACUCUAUCUCAGGCCGAGUUGUAGAAAGUAUAUGACACAGUCUGAAAAGGAUCAUACAUUUUUGGCAACAAUUGAUCAGACAUGAUCAAAGUCAAAAUCUAGGAUGGAAAAUCUAGGGUCCCGGGAGUAUUCUUAGUGGUAUUUUUUUAAAAAAAUAUGCAGGGAUGCAAUAUAUGUAAUUCCUCGUUCUUCACACUGUCUGGUGCUAAUUGGGCUGAUGCUAUUAUUAGAGCAUUCCAGGUAGGACAAGUUGUAUUUUACUUAUCCUGUUGAACCAAUAGGUUUCGCCUUCAGAUUGCAGGGCCUGAGUAUUCUUGCACUUAAUAAGAAUGUGGAAGUGAGGAUCAAACAGGUGAGCUCUUUUGGCAUAUUUCAAUAACAUCCCCAUGCAAGGCAGCCACAGAGUAUGCAGAUUUAUGAAGGCAGUGUGAGAGAAACUGUAGUUGAGAGGCUUCUGAAAGCUGCCAGAAGUUUGGAAGGAAAAUUUGAAUGUUUUAAAAUCUGUGGCAGAACAAGAUGGUGCUCCAUUUCUUCAAAGAGAAGUGUCUGCCCUCUCCUGAAAUAUUUUAGUUCCCAUAAUGAACUUCUGGCCUGAGUUUUUCCCCAUAAUGAACCUACUCCCCAUUUUUGAACGUUCGCCCCAUUCCCCUCACUUCUACUUAAAAUGAAGAAAUGUUCCAUAUAUAUUCUUCAGCUUCGAUGUCUAAUGCUUUGAAUACUUCUUCUGACAUGGUUGAACAAGGACCAUCAAGGGGUGGAGUUAUCAUCACCCUGACUCUGCUGUGUCCCCACCUCACCCCCAAGUGACCAAACAGGACAUAACUUUGCUGUUCUCAUUUCCAGCCACCCACACGGGGUCCCCCAUGGCAUUGUAAAUACCCCUAUUCCUGCCGUCAACACAUUUGGUCCGUGGAAUUCUGUAUGUAUUUGUACCUCGGACAUAAAUUUUCUACCAUGCAGUAAGUAACUCUUUUUUUGUUUUGUUCUGUUUCUUGAAUUCAAAAUUCUUAUUAUAAACAGAUCCAUAGUCCAAUGCAGACUUCCAAGUUAUACGCAUGUAAAAGAAACGUAACAAAUAAAAGGAAAAGAAUGAACAGCAACAACAAAAAUAAAUAAAAAUGAUGGGAAAAAAGAGA